AUGGUAACAGUACUAAACAGUACUAGGGAUGGUAACAGUACUAAACAGUACAAGGUGAGGGUUGGGGAUUACCAUUCUCUGGUUCCCGAGGAGUUUGAGGAGGAGUACGCCGUCGAUCAGAUCGUCCUGCACCCUAGCUACCGUUCCCACAGCAACGACUACGACCUGGCCUUGGUGCGUCUGUCGCCGGGAGUGGUGGGGAAGGGCCGCGGUCGAUGUGUGGCGUUCAGUCGGCACGUUCUGCCCGCCUGUCUGCCGCUACGCAAGGAGAGAGUCCUGAAACAGGCUUCCAACUGUCACAUCACAGGCUGGGGGACACAGGUGAGAUGGGGGGGCACAGGUCGGUCCUACUCUAAGACCCUCCAACAGGCUCCUCUCUCCCUCCUCCCUCGUCGUCACUGCCAACAGCGUUACCACGGAGCCUUCACUAGCCGCAUGCUCUGCGCCGGGACAGACGGCCAAUCGGAGCGCCGCGUGGACAGUUGCCGUGGAGACAGUGGCGGCCCGUUGGUGUGUGAGCGUCCGGGCGGAGGGUGGGUCGUGUACGGUGUGACGUCGUGGGGUCACUCCUGUCGCACGCAACACUCACCUGGCGUCUACACUAAAGUCUCCGCCUUCACACCCUGGAUACACAAGGUGAUUGGACAAUGAGAGGGAUACAGGAACUGGGAUCGUCAAGGUGGACAACGGGAAGAAUAUAGGAAGUCGAUCUGCAAGGUGAUUGGACAUUGGGAUAAGGGCAUGAAGAGAUGACAGCCAAUGUGAGACAGUGGUAGAUAACGGACUGGCCAAUUGAGAAGGACUAUAUUUGGAGCUUGUGAUUUGAUUGGUCAGUAAAAUAAGUGGUUUCAAACCAGUUGAAAGGCUUGACCAAUCUCACCCC